UAGGCGGGAAAGGGCGGGCCGACGGAGACAUGUGGAGGAGUGAAAGCCGAUUGUCGCUCGCUCGUCAGAAGAACGUUGGCUCUCGCUCUCUCCCCACCUGGACUCCCACCACCAUGGGGACUUAACCGAGGCUAGUACGGAGGAACUGAUCCCGCGCUGACCUCAUUCGCGUCCGUUUCCGUGGCUCCUUUGCCGCCCGAACUUCAUUUUGGCCAGGAGCUGUCGAGCGUGAAGGGGCCAUGUCAGACAAGAUGUCCAGUUUCCUCCAUAUUGGGGACAUUUGUUCCCUCUAUGCGGAGGGCUCCACCAGCGGCUUCAUCAGCACCUUAGGGCUGGUGGAUGACCGCUGCGUGGUACAACCUGACACGGGUGACCUGAACAACCCACCCAAGAAAUUCAGAGAUUGCCUUUUCAAACUGUGUCCCAUGAACAGAUACUCGGCGCAGAAACAAUUCUGGAAGGCGGCAAAACCCGGAGGCAACAGCACCACCGACGCCGUUCUCCUCACCAAACUGCACCACGCGGCCGACUUGGAAAAGAAGCAGAAUGAGUCGGAGAAUCGCAAGUUGCUCGGAUCAGUCAUCCAAUAUGGAAAUGUCAUUCAGCUGCUGCAUUUGAAAAGCAAUAAGUACCUGACGGUGAACAAGCGUUUACCCGCACUGCUGGAAAAGAAUGCCAUGAGGGUGACACUGGACUCUGCAGGAAAUGAGGGCUCCUGGUUCUACAUCCAACCUUUCUACAAAUUGCGCUCCCUGGGAGACAGUGUGGUGAUCGGCGAUAAAGUUGUCCUUAACCCCGUGAACACAGGGCAGCCUCUUCACGCCAGCAGUCACCAGCUCGUCGACAAUCCGGGCUGCAAUGAGGUUAACUCUGUCAAUUGCAACACCAACUGGAAGGUUGUCUUAUUCAUGAAAUGGAGUGACAACAAGGAAAGCAUCCUCAAAGGGGGGGAUGUUGUUCGCUUGUUCCACGCGGAGCAGGAAAAGUUCCUCACGUGUGACGACCACCGAAAGAAGCAAUACGUGUUCCUGAGAACGACGGGCCGCCAAUCCGCCACAUCUGCCACCAGCAGCAAGGCGCUCUGGGAAGUAGAGGUGGUCCACCACGACCCGUGUCGCGGAGGGGCGGGCUACUGGAACAGCCUGUUCAGGUUCAAACAUUUGGCUACCGGUUGCUAUUUGGCUGCAGAGGUGGGAGAGGGGAACCCUGACUCGGAGGCGGAGAGCGUGGAGCCGCGAUCUGCAGUGGUGGACUUCACACCCUUUAAUUUCCAGCUGGAUGCAGAUAAUGAAGCUCUACUUGGCCGUCUACGGGCCCCUCAAGAGAAAAUCAUGCACACCCUGGUCCCAGUCCCGGAUGGCAUGGACAUCUCGUCCAUCUUUGAAUUAGACCCCACCACCUUGAGGGGCGGAGACUCGAUGGUGCCCAGGAGUUCCUACGUGCGGCUAAAACACUUGUGCACCAACACGUGGGUUCACAGCACCAACAUCCCCAUCGACAAAGAGGAGGAAAAGCCGGUGAUGUUAAGGAUCGGAACGUCGGCAGUGAAAGAAGACAAGGAGGCUUUUGCCAUUGUGCCGGUGCCGCCGGCGGAGGUGCGGGAUUUAGACUUUGCCAACGACGCAAGUAAAGUGUUGGCGUCCAUUGCGGGCAAACUGGAAAAGGGCACCAUCACGCAGAAUGAAAGGAGGUUUGUGACCAAGCUCCUGGAAGAUCUGGUCUUCUUUGUGGUGGACAUCCCAAACAGCGGCCAGGAUGUUUUGGAGAUCAUGGUCAACAAACCGAACCGAGAAAGACAGAAACUCACGAGAGAGCAGAAUAUCCUGAAGCAGAUCUUCAAACUCCUUCAAGCGCCGUUCACGGACAGCGGCGACGGUCCCAUGCUGCGUCUGGAGGAGCUGGGUGAUCAACGGCACGCGCCUUUUCGUCACAUUUGUCGGUUGUGUUACAGAGUGCUGCGCCACUCUCAGCAGGACUACAGAAAGAACCAGGAAUACAUCGCCAAGCAAUUUCGCUUCAUGCAGAAACAAAUCGGCUACGACGUGCUGGCGGAAGACACCAUAACGGCUCUACUGCACAACAACCGCAAGUUGUUGGAGAAACACAUCACCGCUGCGGAGAUCGACACGUUUGUCACUCUUGUGAGGAAGAGUCGGGAGCCAAGGUUUUUGGACUACCUGUCGGACCUUUGCGUGUCCAUGAACAAAUCCAUCCCCGUGACGCAGGAGCUCAUCUGCAACGCCGUGCUGGAUCCGACCAACGGCGACAUCCUCAUCGAAACCAGGUUGGUUUUGUCGAGGUUCGAGGUCGACGUCGGAACAAACGGCGAUCAUCCGCCGGAGGCCGAAGAUGAAGAGGAGGUGUGGCUGUUCUGGAAGGACAAUUUCAAGCACGUACGAAGUAAGAGCGUGCGAGAGUUGGCCCAGGAUGCAAAGGAGGGUCAGAAGGAGGACGACGAGGUGGUGGCCUAUUACAGGUGCCAGCUCAACCUUUUUGCCCGGAUGUGUUUGGACCGUCAGUACUUGGCCAUCAAUAAGAUCUCGGGGCAGCUGGACGUGGAUUUGAUCCUUCGCUGCAUGUCCGAUGAGGAGCUGCCCUACGACUUGCGGGCCUCCUUCUGUCGCCUCAUGCUGCACAUGCACGUGGACCGGGAUCCGCAGGAGCAGGUCACGCCCGUCAAAUACGCCCGCCUGUGGUCCGAGAUCCCCUCCCAAAUCGCCAUCGACGACUACGAUCACGAUGGCACCAGCGGAGACGAGAUCAAGGAGCGCUUUAGCCUCACCAUGGAAUUUGUGGAAAACUACCUGAGAGAGGUGGUGUCGCAAAACGUCGCCUUCUCGGACCAGGAGAAGAACAAGCUCACCUUUGAGGUGGUGAAUCUGGCGAGGAACCUGAUCUACUUUGGCUUCUACAACUUCAGCGACCUGUUAAGGCUGACCAAGAUCCUGCUGAACAUUUUAGACUGCGUCCACGUCAGCAGCGCGUACGCCGCGGACAAGAUUGAGAAAGAAGAGCGCAACAAAGGUUGGCACGGACCGGACUCUUCUCUCGCGCCGUGGCGCCGCAUUGAGGCUUGCGCUUCCUUAGCCGGCAGCAACGUGAUGAAGUCCAUCCACGGAGUCGGGGAACUCAUGACCCAGGUGGUGCUGCGAGGAGGCGCUCUGCUGCACGGCGCGCCCACCCAUCAGCCAGAGGGCGACGCGGUUCAAGCUCGAGCGCAGCCCGAGAGGGAAGACAUCAUGGUCAUGGACACCAAGCUUAAAGUCAUCGAAAUUCUCCAGUUUAUCCUAAACGUGCGACUGGACUACAGGAUUUCCUGCCUCCUGUGUAUUUUCAAACGAGAGUUUGACGAAAACAAUCAGCAAUGGGAAAACGCCGCCGGCCAGAACGGCAAUCGGAUGGCAGAAAACAAUGUGAACCCUUUAGGAAACCUUGACUUUGAAAAUCUUGAAGAGCAGGCAGAAGGAAUAUUUGGAGGAAGUGAAGAGAACACGCCGCUGGACCUGGACGACCACGGCGGCCGUACCUUCCUAAGAGUGCUUCUGCACCUGACCAUGCACGACUACCCCCCUCUGGUGUCCGGCGCGCUUCACCUGCUCUUCCGACACUUUAGCCAGAGGCAGGAAGUUCUCAUGGCUUUCAAACAGGUCCAGCUCCUUGUGACCAGGCAGGAUGUGGAUAACUACAAGCAGAUCAAAUCGGACCUGGACCAACUGCGCUCCAUUGUGGAGAAGUCGGAGCUGUGGGUUUACAAAAGACAAGGAGAAGAUGGGAUGGACGCAGAGGGAGCCUCCGAGUCGGACAACAAAAAGAAGGGGGAUUCGCUUGGUUCUGACAAGAGCGGCGCAGAAAGCAACUACAGGCUUGCGAAAGAGAUUCUCCUGCGUCUCAGCGUGCUUUGCGUCCAGGAGGGCAGCUCGGGGAAGAAGAGUAAGAAAGAGCAGCAGAGGCUGUUGAGGAACAUGGGAGCCCACUGCGUGGUGCUGGAGCUUCUCCAGAUCCCCUAUGAAAAGGGCGAGGACGUUCGCAUGCAGGAAAUUAUGAAAGUGGCUCACGAGUUUCUGCAGAAUUUCUGUGCGGGGAACCAGCAAAACCAAAUUCUCCUUCACAAGCAUCUCCACCUCUUUCUCAACACGGGGAUUCUCGAGGCCGUCACCAUGCGGCGCAUUUUCAUGGAUAACUUCCAGCUCUGCAGCGAGAUCAACGAGCGGGUGGUCCAACACUUUGUGCACUGCGCCGAGACGCACGGGCGCCAUGUCCAGUACCUCAAGUUUCUUCAAACCAUCGUGAAGGCUGAGAAUAAGUUCAUCAAAAAGUGUCAAGACAUUGUCAUGGCUGAGCUCGUCAACUCCGGAGAGGAUGUGCUGGUCUUCUACAACGAUCGCGCGUCCUUCCAAGCACUCGUUCAAAUGAUGCGCUCGGAGCGGGAGCGGAUGGACCCGAACAGCCAGUUAAUGUACCACAUCCAGCUGGUGGAGCUGCUGGCCGUCUGCACCGAGGGCAAAAACGUCUACACUGAGAUCAAGUGCAAUUCCCUGCUGCCCCUGGACGACAUCGUGCGCGUGGUCACCCACCAAGACUGCGUUCCCGAGGUAAAGAUGGCCUACAUCAACUUCCUGAACCACUGCUACGUGGACACGGAAGUGGAAAUGAAGGAGAUUUACACAUCCAACCACAUGUGGAAGCUGUUUGAAAACUUCCUGGUGGACAUUUGUCGGGUGUGCAACAACACCAGUGACAGGAAGCACGCCGACAGCGUGCUGGAGCGUUACGUGACGGAGACGCUCAUGAGCAUGGUCACCUGUUUCUUCAGCUCUCCUUUUUCCGACCAGAGCGCCAGCUUGCAGACUCGCCAGCCCGUGUUCGUCCAGCUGCUGCAGGGGGUUUUCCGAGCGUACCACUGUCACUGGCUGAGCCCGCUCCAGAAAGCUUCGGUGGAGGCUUGCAUCAAAGUCCUCUCGGACGUGGCUAAGAGCAGAGCCAUCGCCAUCCCGGUGGAUCUGGACAGCCAGGUCAACAACCUAUUUGUCAAGUCCAAUACCGUGGUCCAGAAGAGCCUCCUCAACUGGAAACUGUCAGCCAAGACCACCUCCAGACGAGAUUCGGCAAUUCCCACCUCCAAAGACUACAGAAACAUCAUUGAAAGGCUUCAGGACAUCGUGUCGGCUUUGGAGGACCGCCUGCGGCCGCUGGUCCAAGCCGAGCUCUCGGUGCUCGUGGAUGUGCUCCAUCGUCCCGAGUUGCUCUUCCCCGAGAACACGGAAGCUCGCAAGAAAUGCCAAAGUGGAGGAUUCAUAUCCAAACUCAUUAAACACACCAAGCAGUUGCUGGAGGAGAAUGAGGAGCGUCUGUGCAUCAAAGUACUGCAGACCCUCAGGGAGAUGAUGACCAAGGAGCGUGGCUACGGAGACAAGCCGAUGGCCUUUGACGAUGAAACGGAUGUGGCCGAGCCGGCACCUCCACCCGAAGCCCAAGAGUCUUCUGAGGAGCUUGACCCCAACCAGCCUCAGAAGCUACUGGAGGAUCAGAGGAGGGGAGAAGCUCUGCGGCAGAUCUUGGUCAACCGCUACUACGGAAACGUCAAGUCCGGACAGAGGAGAGAGAGUCACACGCCCUUCGGCGCCGGGCCGCUUUCUGCCGGAUCGCAGGGGAAAGCUCUGACAGUUGUCAGCCCCGGGGUCGGAGGGCGCGGUGAACUGAGUUUAGCGGAGGUCCAGUGCCACCUGGAUAAGGAGGGCGCUUCGGACCUGGUGAUUGACCUCAUCAUGAACGCCACCAGCGAUCGCAUCUUCCAAGAAAGCAUCCUGCUCGCCAUCGCCCUACUGGAAGGCGGAAACACCGUCAUCCAGCGCUCCUUCUACCAGCGCUUGACGGCCGAUAACAAGUCUGAGAAAUUCUUCAAGGUGUUUCAUGAGCGCAUGAAGCUGGCCCAGCAGGAAAUCAAGGCCACGGUGAGCGUCAACACCGGCGACCUGGGCGGCAAGAAGAAAGAGCAAGAACCCGCCGACAAAGAGGCGCCGGCGCGCAACAAAGUUGAGGACGCGCCGGCCGCGGUGACCGAGGAGGCCAAGGAGCAGCUGGCGGAAGCCUCCGCCGCCACCGAGAAGGCCUUCGCCAGCUACCGCCUGGAGCGCCGGACGGCGGCCGACGUCCCCUCCGCGGCCGGCGCCCCCCGGGACGAUGGCGAGAUGAGCGCGCUCAUCACCGUCAUGCAGCCCAUCUUGCGCCUCAUGCAGCUGCUGUGUGAAAACCACAACAGAGAUCUGCAGAACUUUCUGCGCUGUCAGAAUAACAAGAACAACUACAACCUGGUUUGCGAGACGCUUCAAUUCCUGGACUGCAUCUGCGGCAGCACCACCGGGGGCCUGGGCCUGCUCGGACUCUACAUCAACGAGAAGAACGUGGGACUCAUCAACCAGACUGUGGAAAGUCUCACCGAAUACUGCCAAGGUCCCUGUCACGAGAACCAGAACUGCAUCGCCACUCACGAAUGCAACGGCAUUGACAUCAUCAUCGCGCUGAUCCUCAACGACAUCAAUCCCCUCGGCAAGAAGAGGAUGGACUUGGUCUUGGAACUCAAAAACAACGCCUCCAAGCUGCUGCUGGCCAUCAUGGAGAGCCGCCACGACAGCGAGAACGCCGAAAGGAUCCUGUACAACAUGAGGCCAAAAGAGCUGGUUGAAGUGGUCCAAAAGGCGUACAUGCAGGGGGAGCUGGAGCUGGAAGAGCCUCAGGAGGGAGAAGACGGACAACGGGAACAUUCGGCGUCGCCGCGAGACGUCGGCCACAACGUCUACAUCUUGGCCCAUCAAUUGGCCCGACACAACAAGGAGCUGCAAGCCAUGCUGAAACCGGCCGGCGCGUCCGGAGAGGGCGACGAGGCGCUGGAGUUCUAUGCCAAGCACACGGCCCAGAUUGAGAUCGUCCGUUCGGACCGAACCAUGGAGCAAAUCGUUUUCCCCGUGCCCAACAUCUGCGAGUUCCUGACGCAAGAGUCCAAGCUGCGCGUCUACUACGCCACCGAGCGCGACGAGCAAGGCAGCAAGAUCAAUGACUUCUUCUUGCGCUCCGAAGACCUCUUGAAUGAGAUGAACUGGCAGAAGAAGCUGCGAGCCCAGCCCGUCCUCUACUGGUGCUCCAGGAACAUGUCUUUCUGGAGCAGCAUCUCUUUCAACCUGGCUGUUCUCAUGAACCUGCUGGUGGCCUUCUUCUACCCUCUUGAGGGCUUUCGUGGAGGAGCGCCGGAAGCUCAUCUGUCCAGCCUGCUGUGGCUGGCCAUGCUGGUUUCUCUCGCCAUCGUGAUGGUGGCGCCUCAGCCGCACGGCGUGCGGGCGCUCGCCGCCUCCGCCAUCUUGCGGCUCAUCUUCUCCGCGGGCCCGGAGCCCACCUUGCUUCUCCUGGGCGGCUUCAACCUGUGCAACAAAGCGGUCUUCCUGGCGAGCUUCGUGGGCAACCGCGGGACCUUCGCGCGGGGCUACGGCGCCAUGCUCGCCGACGUGGAGUUCCUCUACCACCUGCUCUACCUGAUCAUCUGCACCCUGGGGGUCUUUGUCCACGUCUUCUUCUACAGCCUGCUGCUCUUUGAUCUGAUUUACCGCGAGGAGACCUUGCUGAACGUGAUCAAGAGCGUGACCCGCAACGGCCGCUCCAUCGUGCUGACGGCGGUGCUGGCGCUGAUCCUGGUCUACCUCUUCUCCAUCGUGGGCUACAUCUUCUUCAAAGACGAUUUCAUUUUGGCCGUGGACAGGAUACCCCGCCGAUCCCCGGAAGUCGGAGCCGCCGCCGUGAUGGGGCACUUCUUCUCGGGUGGAGCGUGCCAAAAAGAACAUGGAGACAACUGUUCGGCGCAAUCUGCUUCUUCCCUCGCCGCGCAGCCGUCGGCGCUGGUGAUCGAGGACAAAGAAAGAACGUGCGACUCCUUGCUCAUGUGCAUCGUGACGGUGUUGAGCCACGGCCUUCGGAGCGGAGGAGGCGUCGGGGACGUCCUGCGCAAGCCUUCCAAAGAGGAGCCGCUCUUCGCAGCCCGGGUCAUUUACGACCUGCUGUUCUUCUUCAUGGUGAUCAUCAUCGUUCUCAACCUCAUCUUCGGCGUCAUCAUCGACACGUUUGCCGACCUGAGGAGCGAGAAGCAAAAGAAAGAGGAAAUCCUCAAGACCACCUGUUUUAUUUGCGGUCUGGAGAGAGAUAAAUUUGACAAUAAGACGGUGACGUUCGAGGAGCACAUCAAAGUGGAACACAACAUGUGGCACUACCUCUUCUUCAUCGUGCUGGUCAAGGUCAAGGAUUCCACCGAGUACACGGGGCCCGAGAGCUACGUGGCCCAAAUGAUCAGGGAGCACAACCUGGACUGGUUUCCCCGGAUGAGGGCCAUGUCCUUGGUCAGCAGCGACGCGGACGGGGAGCAGAAUGAAAUUCGGAGCCUCCAGGAAAAGCUGGAGUCCACCAUGAAACUGGUGUCCAACCUCUCGGGCCAGCUGACUGAGCUCAAGGAACAGAUGACGGAACAGAGGAAGCAAAAGCAGCGAAUCGGCCUCCUGGCCCACCCCCAGCACAUGAACGUCAACCCCCAGCAGCCCGCUUAGGCCCGAGAGUCGGCGCCCCGAGCGGCUCGGCGGCAUCGGCCGUCGGCCCGGACCGAGCCGUCCCGACUCCCGAGCUCGCGCGCCGCGUGACCUUUGUGAGUACGGGAAGUUGCCCGUUUGACGGAAAGACUGCCGACGGCGACUUGAGUCACGUUCCGACUCGGAUCGCUGACGCUCGGCCGCGCUCUUCUAAAACCAGAAAGGUCUUUGUUUCCCAUGUCAGAUUGCAGCGCUCGUAUUUCAUUUGUCCGCUUUGGCCAGCUUCCAUUUGAAGCGUUUUGGGCCGAGCGAGCGCUAUUAUUUGCCUUUUGUCUUUUGCGCAAUUCUGUAUUGAAAUAGGCGAGUUGCGUCCCACGUCUGAUGUCACGCCGUUGAGCCCUAGUUUGUCUUUAAGUCUUAGCGGAUCAAGUUGGGGACUUGAUUUGGACUUUUGCUUCCGCGCCCGUUGAGACGAUGCUCUGUUGGCAAAGGCGCGGGAAACGGAUUGCUUGCGUUUGUUUGAGAAGAAUUGUUGAUUUGUAGGAUUGUUAGAAAUAAGGCCAACUCAAGACCAUUUUUUUAGUUCUCUAGUCGGCAUAUUUAUUCAAAUGAAUGUUCUUGUCUCGUUUUUGCUGAUAACGCAAGUUACAAGAUGUCCCGUUGUCGUCGUACGCACAAUCAGCCUCUUUGCAAUGACACAUUUUGAUGGGAAAGAUGCGGUUCGGCUGCAGGGCGGCACAGCGGGGCGAGCGCUGAGCGAUGCCGAGGUCGGGCGGGGGGGUUGGAUUCCACGGCACGGGCCUCCCCCGCGCGGGCUUUCCUCCCUCAUUCCAAAAACACGCCCCGGAGGUGAGGCGAUGCUGCUCGUGCGUCUUUGUGACUGACCGGCAAGCGCUUCGGGGCGUCUCCCGCCUCCUGCCCCAAGACGGCCGGGAUGCCCCCCCCCCCCCCCAAUCAUUUUGUGGCACGUACCGGCUCCAAAUUUAGAUGGUUGAGCUCUUGAUGCUCAAUAAAGAUAUUUGUGUCCAGCGGUCAGCGCUGGCUCGACGUCACAACCCGGGGGGGGGGGGGGGGGGGGGGGUGGCGCGGAAGGUCAGAGUUGUUUUUCUCCCUCGCAGUUCGGAGGCAACGUGACACGGAACAAGCGGAUCCAGUUGAGCGCAAUUGUAGUCGUGGCGGCGAGCGUCAAGCACCCGGCAAAAAAAAACCCUCCAGGGCGCAACCACUUGGGAGCUUGUGUCCACAUAACACGCGUUGGCCCCCUGCCGUUCGUCGUCUCCCAGAAUGCGUUCGCGUUCAAAUCCGAUCCGUUCUCUCCAACGUUGAAUCGCAUGAGCGUACGCCCAGCGAAAACUGAAAACCCGAUUUGAAAUUGUUCCGAUCCGAACUCCGCCUCCCCUCGCCGGGCUCCCGGCGGCCACUUUUUCCAGCAGUCGGCAGAGCGAGAUCAGAUCAUCCGGAUUGAUCUCCGGGGGAGACGUUCAAGUGAUGCGGCAGAUUUUAAAAAAUGGAUGCGCGACGUUUGAAGUGUUGCGACAUUGAAUCAUUGUGCCGUCCUGCAAUCACCAAUCGGUCGUUGAAACGAGAUGAGGAAACGCAUUUUUGCCGGCUCAUCCAAAUCUACCGCUGGUGUACUCCGAUCAUCUCGAUGGUGACGUCAAGCCGCGGGCGGCACGGCACGGCUCAUCCCGUGCGCCCCGCUAAUCUUAUUCGUAUCACGAUUCUUCAUUCUUUUGCUUGUUUCUGUGUUGGAAGUGAAGCGUUUCCAUUUUGCGCGCCGUGUGAGUGAUUUAAGCCAUAAUAAAAGACGUUUUCUGUCAUCUUCAAAA